ACGCACGACACCUGCUUUCCGCGGAAGAGCAAGAUCGGGGGCGGAGGCCUCGAACAGCUUCUGCCGGAGCAGCGGGAGUUCCUGCUACACCGGGUGCGAGAGGAGGACUUGCGCAAGGGAGGCACCCUCAAAUGCCACCAGAUCGCGAGAGCGGUGGUAGCUUUUCCAACGAUGUCGCAGGUGCUGGAUGUUGGAGCAGGGACGGCGCCCUGCAAGCCAGUGAUGGAGCACGCCGGGUUCAAUUACACGGCGCAGUCAAAAGAGCUGCCAUCGCGGUUGGGCUCGCACGGCUCAAGCGCUGAGCGGGCCAAAGGCGAGCUGGUAAACAAAGCACCCUGCCCCAGCUCUGUGGUUGUGCCGUCCACGGCGACCCUCCCCAGACUGUGCUCAGUCAUGGCAGUGCGUCCCGAGAACAUCGAGGAGUGGUGUUACCUGGUUCCUCAUUUGCUCAGUCCAGCUGGUUGGCAUAGCAUUGCGGAAGCUAAGUCAGUCAGCCUCGCUUACUGCACCUCUCCGUGGGGCGGAAGUUUGGUGAAGCUCACGGUGCUGGACGUGCAGGUGUCAGAUGCCCCCGAUGAUCCCUCGCAGAUCUUCGUCCGGCCCGAGUCGCGUGCAUGGUGGGCUUCGAACUUUGCAGAAUCGAGCCCCGAGCAUUUCACCGUGAAGGAGCAGCUCGCACCAGGAGAUGCCAUCAUUUGCCGGUGGGCAUCCUGGAAAGUCUUGCGUGUCUUUGCCGUGCUCUUCGGUGAGAUGGGGAAGGAGCUUAUGCAGACCCAAUUUUACGACCCGGCUGAGGCUGUGGAGCUUCACAUGCGCACCCAGCGCAAUCAUCCGCAAGCCGGCGACUGUUCUCAGACCAUCAUGAGCCCAUCAGAGCCCUUCGAGGCCAUCAACUUUUGCCGCCCACAGGGGGAGAAGGGGGUGUACAACGUGUACCACAUUUUUCGGGUGCCCAGCGGCAUUAACCUUUCUAAGUGGGCCGCUGCGCAGCAUUAUGAGGCCAUGGAAUCAGGUAGGAGAGUUGCACAAUACUAUCUGAACCGGCCGGGGAUCAGCCAGCUUCGAGCAUUGGAUCAGCAGUUCUACGUUGUUCUGACCAUACAAACCUUCAAGCGGGGCUUUCCGUUAAUCCCAGUGCUCUCUGGUGAAGAACGCGAAGAUGUCACGAGAAUCGAUGCGGGCAACCACUUGGGGUUGGCAACUUGGGUCCGCUAUGACUCCGCCAAAGAUGGCAUUGACGGCUUCUACCUGUCCGGGUACAUGCAGGCCUUGGCAGAGUGCCUGGGUGAAAGCCUAGAUUUUUACCAGUUCUUGGACGGAAAGGAGCUACUGUACUUCCAAUGCGCAGUGGCUCGGGAAGAAUGGUGCCGCGUUCAAGACCGCUUGAAAGACGCCUACCUCGUGCAGAAGACUGCUUACCGACGUGCCAAUGGUGGCGCACAGGCACCAGGACUAAACGAGGCAAGCACUCCGCGCUUCCGCAAGCAAGUCCACUUUACCUCCCUUGAAGAGCGAAUCCAGGCCGACGCUGCAGCUCGGGGUCAACAGAAGGUACAGGUGCGCAAGACCUUCAUUGAGAGGGAGGAGAGUGAAGCCGAGGAGCUUUUUGAAGCUCGAAGCUUCAGGCGUUGCCGGACUGAGACGCCUGCCACGGCAGUUCGCUACGUUGGUCCUGGGGUGGCUUGA